AUGGAGAAAUACAAACUAUUUUUUGAUGAAAUUUUAGAAGAAAAUAAAAAAAUUGUAAAAAAAAUAAUUUAUGUGAAUAAUAAAAUAAAAUAUAAAGUAUUAAAUGAUAGAAAAAUAGAAUUUUAUAAAUACUUUAUUAACAGUUACGAAGAUGAAAAAAAAAAAAAUGUGUAUAAAUAUUAUAAGCAUAAAAUAGUAAGUAGCAAAAAGAAAAAAAAAUAUUUAGAUAAUGACUUCCCAUAUUUUGAAAUUUAUAAAAAUACAAAUGAUGCAUUUAAAAAUAAUUUACCCGGAUAUAAUAUUUUUAAAAUUAUUAAAGAUUAUGAUGAAUUAAAAUUAUUUGAUUUUUGCUCAAAGAAUAAUUUAAAAAGUUGUUCUUAUUUAUUUUCUCAUUUCAUAGAAAUCAUAAUAAAAAAGAGGGAUUUAUAUAACAUUAAUGAUGUGUUAUUAUUAACAGACAAUAUAAGAAAAUUAAAUUAUUAUAAUCCUUAUUUUUGUAAAUUAAUAUGUAGAGAAGUUUGUUUAGAUAUAUAUAAAAUUAAAAAUAUAAAUCAAAUAACAAACUUUAUAAAUUUUUUAAUGCAUUUCAAUAUAUUCAAUUUUUAUUAUUUAAAUAAAAUAUAUAAAUAUAUUAUUUAUUUAAUUACUGAAACAAAUAAAUGGAAAAUAAAUAUCACAAAUAAAAUAGAUUUAAAAAAUAAAUUAAAUGUAAUAGAAGAAAUUACAAAUGAUCCUAAUAAUAGUCUUAUACCAAUAAAUAAUGAGAGUGUUAUUACAUUAUUAAAAGCUUUUUUAAAAUACAAAUAUUUUGAUAUCAAUUUAUUAAAAUUGUUAAUAUAUGUUUGUAAUCAUGAACAGUAUAUUAAUCUGAAAAACACUGAGAUCUUAUAUUACUUAUCUGAAUUAAGUGAACAUUAUAAUUUUAUAAAUAAAGAUUAUUCAUCCGAUUUCUUCAAUAUAUUUAAGAAUAUUAUACAUGAUAAAAUCAAUAAUAUUGAUUUCAUUUUAUUAUUGAAAACUUUUUAUAAUAUAUGUAAAACAUAUGAUACAAUUGAUUUCGAUUAUUAUAAUUCAAUUAUACAAAAUUAUAAACAUAUAGAAAAAGAAGAUUUUUCCCAAUAUUCUGCAUUAGAGAUAGAUAAUGAUAAUUAUAUUUUGAUAAAUUAUAAAAAAAAAGAAAAGAUGAAGAAAAAAAAUAAGGUUGAAGGAAAGGAUAAAGAUUAUUCAUUUAUUAAAAUUAAAAAUAAAAAUAACGAACCUAUAAGAAAUCCAACAUUUCUACCAUUUAAUAAUAAUUUAGAUACCAAUUUAAAAAAACAAAAUAUAAAUAGUGACUAUCUAAUACUACACCAUGAUAAUGAAAUGUAUACUUCUAAUAUCAACUUUUUUAAUUUAUUUGAUACAGUAAAAUAUAUGAUAUUAUUUAUUGAAUUAAAAAUUCUUAAAUUUGCUCCUUUUAAAAAAAAAAGUUUGGCUGAAAUUGAAUUUUUAAAAAGAAAAAACUUUGAAAAAGACCAUGAAAAAAAUAUUUAUAAAUAUAUUUCUCAAAAUAUAAAUGAACAACAAAAUGAAUACAUGGAAUAUAUAUUAAGAAAAAAUAAAGAAGAAAAUUUUGAUGAUUCAAAUUUGAAAUUUCUUUUUUAUAUAAACUAUUUAAAUCAUCAAAAUUUUCGAAUAGACAAUGAUGAAUCUAAGUUUGAGAAGAAUAUAGAAAAAAAAAAAAAAAAUAAAAAGAAAGAAACAGAGGAAAAAGAAGAAAUACAAAAAAAAAAAAAUAUUUCAUCAGAAUGCAUUAAUAACUAUCUAAAUUAUAAACAGAACAUCAAAUUUAAUUUAAGUGAUAAUACAUACUAUUCUCAUAUAUUUAAUAAUUUAUCUUCAGUACAAUUAAGUAGUACUGAAGAAGAUAUAUUAAAGAAAUCUUUUAAAUUAUUGUUGUUAUUUAAAAAUAAUUUACAAAUACUUGAUGUUAAUGAAGUAGCCAAUUUAUUCUAUUCUUUAACAAUUUUUCAAAUAAUUCAAGGUUAUCAAAAAGGAACAAUAAAAAAAAAUACAUAUGGAUAUUCAAAAAUUAAAGAUGAAAAAGAAAAUGAAGAACUAUAUAAAGUACUAUCAAAUAUUUUAAUUAAGAAAAUUAUUAAUAUAAAAGAAGAAAACUUGUAUAAAAUAAUUUUAUCCUGUGCAAAUACCGCUUUCUCAGAUGUCUAUUUGAAUCACUUUUUAAAAAAUUUUAAUAGAUAUAUAAAAUUUAGCAAAAUGAGGAAACUUAUGAACUGUUAG